GCAUGAAAGAGGUCUCGGAUUUUUAUGCUCCUGGUUCGCAGCAUUCUUUUCGUUCCCUUCUGUGAACACCAGUUGGAGGUUUGGCUGCAAACUUUUGCUCCUGGAUCUGGCACCCCAAUUCACCGUCAUGACUGUGAAGAGAUAUUUUUGGUGCUCAAGGGGAAAGGGACUUUGUUUCUGGCAGAACCGGGAUUGGAGUAUCCUGGUGAAGUCGUCCAGUUCCAUAUCUCUGGAAACAGCACUAUGACAAUUCCUGUAAAUUCAGUUCACCAGAUAAUCAAUACAAGCAAUGAGGAUUUACAGUUCUAUGUGAUAAUUUCAAGACCACCUAUACGAGUGUUUGUGUACCGCAGCUUUUUGGUACCACAUACUGAGGCUGUGACACAUUUUCCUUACCCUUGGGACUUAAAAACGUUAACUUCCUAAGCUGUUUUUCUUCAGAAUUUAUAGAAAUACAAAAUCUAACAUGUUUUAGUCC